GUACUAGUCUACAAAAUUGAAACAUUAAGCCUUCACUAUGUCAAAUUUAUUCUUUCAAAUACGAGAUUUUGUUCAUUGCACCCUUGCUGUUCUAUUCAUUGCUGUAUUUCCUUCAAUCCAUGGGUUCUGCAACGUCACAAAUUUGAAUCUUACCAAUCAAACCGGAUUUAUCAGAUCACCACCUCCGGUAGAAAGUCAAAGUCAAGAUUGUACAUGGAAUUUUUCUCCCAGUGGAAGUGCCAUUGUUUUAUUGAUCAAGGAUAUGAAUUUUAUACUCAACUAUCGUCAACAGUAUUGGUGGUAUUCAGCACAACUAACUCUUGAAGGUCACAACAUCAAUGACUUUAAAAAGGGAGCUUGUUUCAUAUUCCUUCCUGAUGAUGACGUCACUUGUGACACACUUGAAAUUACAACCAGCGAUUGCGAUUCUAAGCUGUUGUUUUCUGGCAACACAACUUUUCCUCCAACACUGUCCUAUAAAACUUUACAUUUGUAUUACAAGAAAGAACAUGCGUUUGAAAUGAAGUACACCUACGUUCCUUGCAAGAAAAAUAUGAAACCUGUUAGCAAUAUUAUUCUUUUUAAAGCAAAAGUUGACCGAGGGGCCAUUAUGAGCUUCCAAGAUAGUAAAAAGGAAAUCCACAAGAGGGAGGAAGAGACAAAAAUUGACCCGGUCGUAAUAGCUCUGGGAAUUUUAUGCGGCGUGUUAGCAGUAGCUGUCUUCUUUCUCGCGUGGAGGCUAUGUACCACAAAGAAAGAAAAGAAGAAGUCUCAUGCCAGGGAAAAUGAUCGUGCUCAAAUACUCUUAUGAUAAAAUGGAAGAAUUGUACAUUUUCAGAGAGCAAUAUUAGAAUUUUUUAAUAGAUCUUCUGUCCUUUAUACUUAAACGUUUUAAUAUGUGAAACGAGAUGUUAUUGUCGACGAAGAAAAGCAAGCAAAUUCUGUAAUGAAUGAGACUCUGGCAACUAUUUCACAUCAUGAUUUUUCAGUCAGGGAAUGAUUCCAUUUCAAAUAUAGCUUUAGUCGACAUUAAUAUUUUAAAUUAUUGCGCUAUCACCAGUCUAAUGGCUACAGUUAGUAGGUAUUUUUUGUUUAAGUGUAUAUUAUUUUCUUCUACUCAUAUUAUGUUUUUGACACAUUUGAAAUAUUAUGUGACUUUAAUAAAAACAGAACAACAAUUGGAUCUUGAUUACGUAUAUUAGAAGCAACAAUAAUGUGGAAAUCCAAUAUCUUAAACUUCCAUUCACUAUUGUGUGUUGUCUUCUCUGCUCCAGAAUUUAUUUUUUGGUUUAUUGAGGCUGAUUUAAUUUUUUUAUUUCCCAAUGCUUAUUUAUGUAACAUAGCGUUACUUUGAAAUUUCCUUCCGGACAUAUUAAUCAGCUAUAUUUUCUUAAUUUCAUGAUUAUAUUUAGAGAACUAGCACGAAUAUUUUCAAUUGAUUUUGAAAAUAAAAGAAUGGAUU